AUGGUGUACACUUCUUUGACUACGGCUCCUGACAACCUCAAGGAGGCUAUUGACUGGUUGAUGGCCGUUAAGGGAACCGAUCCUGUACAUAAUUUGAUGGCUUUGGGUGUCGCAGUUCACCAGGUACUUUCAGAGCACCCUGUUGGCUUCAAGAUGUAUCCAUCUAUCGAGAAUAUAAAACUUUUUACCAAGAGGUUCCUGGAGCAAGAGGCGCUUAAAGAUCAAUCAUUCGUCAAAAAGCUGCUGGAACGUUUCAAUAAGCGUAUGAAGAAGGAACCCUCCCCAAUUGCUACUUUCUUUGGACUUGCUCACCAAAGCGAUUAUGAGAACGUCGUGCAGACCAAGGGCCGCGGUCCUUAUGACAUCACAAGAGACGUGCGUAGGAUUGUAGAUGGUUGUGAGGACUUUUUGAACAGUGUUAAAAGCACGGACAAGUACAGGUCUACGUAG